AGCGAUGAAGCGACAGAGUGACAGAGCGAUAGAGUGACAGAGCAAUAGAGUGACAGAAAGGAGAAGAGAGAGGUUACAGACUCACCGACACACAACCAUGAUCCAUUCCAAUCACUCUAUUCAUUCAAUUUUCUGCUGCUGCUGUUCUGUAGAAUCCAGCGAGAUAAGCACCCAAGUGAACCUUAAAAGUGGAUCCAUCUCUGGAUCUUUGUGUUUUCACACUAGGAGUUACCCAGGACACGCUAACAGGAUGGAUCGGUCCAGGAGAAAGCUGCCUCCCCCUCCACCAGAGAACGAUGAUGGAGGUGACGUACUAGUGGUAGCCAUGUAUGACUUCACUGCUAAAGAAGACACAGACCUGACGCUGACUCAGGGAGAGGAGUACAUCAUCCUACACAAACAGGACCAGCUAUGGUGGAGGGCACAGGACAAACAUGGGAAUAAGGGCUUCAUCCCCAGUAACUAUGUUACAGAAAAGAACAGGAUAGAAGCCAACCAGUGGUACUGUCAGAACAUCACCAGAUCAGAGGCUGAACAACUACUACGACAGGAGGCUAAAGAGGGAGGUUUUGUGGUGAGGGAAUCUAGUCAGCAAGGCUGUUACACUGUCUCAGUGUUCACUAAAGCUCUGGGUAUAAACGGUGGUAUCAGACACUACCAGAUAAAGCUUAGUGAUUCCGGAAGCUUCUAUCUUUGUGAGAAGCACAUAUUCACCUCGAUACCUGAACUCAUAGAGUACCACAACCACAAUGCUGCAGGUCUGGUGUCCAGGUUACGGUAUGCAGUAGGACCUAUGGGCAGGUGUGUCCCUGCUACAUCAGGCUUCAGCUCAGAACAAUGGGAGAUUGACCCUAGUGAGUUGACUCUAAUGAAGGAGCUGGGUAGUGGUCAGUUCGGGGUGGUGAGGCUGGGGAAAUGGAGAGCUCUGUGUAAGGUGGCCAUUAAAACCAUCAACGAAGGAGCCAUGCACGAAGAAGACUUCAUAGAGGAGGCUAAGAUCAUGAUGAGGCUCUGCCACCCUAAGCUGGUCCAGUUGUAUGGUGUAUGUACGCGGCAGCGUCCCUUGUGCAUAGUGACCGAGUUUAUGGACAACGGCUGCCUUCUGCACUACCUGAGACAGAGAGGAGACACCAUGGGACAACCAUGGCUACUGUCCGUCUGUCAAGACGCAUGUGAAGCCAUGGAAUACCUGGAGACACACAGCUUCAUACACAGAGACCUGGCAGCACGGAACUGUCUGGUCAGUGACAAGAACAUGGUGAAGGUGUGUGACUUUGGAAUGACCAGGUAUGUGUUAGACAACCAGUACACCAGCUCCACUGGCUCUAAGUUUCCAGUCAAGUGGUCUCCUCCUGAGGUCUUGCACUAUAACAAGUACAGCAGCAAGUCUGACGUGUGGUCCUUCGGUGUGUUGAUGUGGGAGGUGUUUACUGAGGGGAAGACACCGUUUGAGGGGCGGUCUAAUGUAGACGUAAUGGAUGAGAUCACCAAAGGUAACCGUCUCUACCGACCCCAGAAAGCCUCCAGCGAUGUCUACCAACUCAUGUACCAGUGCUGGCACGAGAGACCACAGGGCCGCCCUUCUUUCUCUGAGCUGCUGGAGCGCAUCAGACAACUGGCUGAACAGGCUCAGUAGACACACACACACACCUGCUGGAGCACAUCAGACUACUGGCUGAGUAGACACACACCUGCUGGAGCGCAUCAGACUACUGGCUCAGUAGACACACACCUGCUGGAGCACAUCAGACUACUGGCUGAGUAGACACACACACACACCUGCUGGAGCACAUCAUA